AUGAGAGAAGAAGGAAGGAGGAGAGUGGGAGAGGAAGAGGCGAAUAAGAAGAGAGAGGGCGACAGGAAAGCAAGUGAAGCUCUAGAAACGAGGGCGAAGAGGCGCGAAGAGGUGUUGAUAUCAGUGUUGAGCGAGGCGGAGAGGGCGGUGGCGGGGUUGGAGGCGAGCAUUGAUGAGAAGGUGAACAAGAUACUGCUGCAAGCACUGAUGGCUCGCCGCUCCGUGGAAGCGGAGACGCCCUUUCAAGCGGCUGCACCUGCUAGCCCUCUCGCCCGUGCAGGCAAUCUCCCCCUCCCAUCGCUACCGCACUCAGCCCCUUUCCACCCCUUCGCCUCCCCCAUCCAGUGCGGCAGGGGCGGAGAGGAGGGGAUGGCGCGGAAUGUAUUCGGGGGGGGCCUCGGGUGGGGAGCAGGGUGGCGAGGGUGGAGGAGUGGGACAUGCAGGCAGUGCUGGGAAGUCAAAAGGGGGGGCGCAUUGUCGGGGCCAAUGCACGUGCUGGGUGGUCGCAGCCUCGGGUGGAACAAGUAUCUGCAGCCGCAGUGGUCGCGGCAAGGCGUGCAGCAGAGGCAGGGUAAGGGGAAGCGUGAGCGGUGGCAGGGUGUGUUAGCGGGAGUGGGUGGCGGAGAGGCAUGGGCGGAAGUGGCAGAGGUGGAUUUGCGGCUGGCGCAGUGGCUGUUGGGGAAGGCGCCGUCUGUGCCCCCUGUCCCUGCCGCCGUCCGAUCACCCGUGCCCGUCUCUCUCUGUCAGCGCAAGCCAUGGUAUGCCGUCGCCCCUCUCCUCUCCGCCCCCCGCCUACCCCGGCUUCGUACUUGCCAGACACACCAUGCCGGUAGGGCCGUCCUCGCCCCCGGGUCACGCCAUUCCCCCCUCCGUCUCCGCUGUGCUCCGCCGGUUGCCCCCACAGCCUCUCCACACACAGCGUGGUACAGGGCCAGGCAGGUGCAGCAUCAGUGGCAGGUGUGGUGA